UUUGUUUUGUCCCAUCGACUGUCCAAUUGGAAAUCGCAGCUAGAGAAAGCCAAAUGGCGGCCACCAAGUACGAUAGCUUUGAAAAAAUAUGGUCGGGACCGAAGGACAAGGAGUACUACGGGCCGGACAUGACCCUGGGGGAGGUGGCCCUGAUAAUCCUACGCCUUUACUCGGACAAAGUGAUGCAGGUCUUCGAUCCCACGGGUGAGCAGCUAACCGGAGGACAGCUUUUGGAGCAGAGUCGCCGGCUGGCCCAUAGUUUUCAGAGGCUCAAGCUGCAGCGCGGCGAUGUGGUUGGAAUCUCGGCCAGGAAUACAACAUAUCUCACCGAAGUGGUCAUCGCAGCUCUGCUGAACGGCACUCCUAUUAACCCUCUGCAUCCGGAAUUCGAUUCGGAAACCACGGCCUAUAUGUACGAGGUCACCAAGCCCAAGGUCAUUUUCUGCGACCUGGACAACUAUGAGACCUUGAAGGCGGUGAAAAGUAGUCUCAAAUUCGAAACGGAACUCAUCCUCCUAACCGGAACCAUUCCUGGGGUGCGUAAUGUUCAGGAUCUUCUGGCAGACGAUGGCACAGAGUACAACGAAAGAACACUCUUUGCCUGCCCGAACCUGAGCGGCGACGACACGGCCUUCAUCAUCACCUCCUCGGGCGUAACCGGUUUGCCCAAAGGGGUGACGCGUUCGCACCGCAGUCUCCUGAACAGUGCCAAGAUUCCCCAGCUCUUCACCUCGGAGACGGUACUCUUCUGCUUCAGCCCGCUCUACUGGAUCAGCUGCAUCUUCACGAUGCUCGCUUCGCUGGUGAAUGGAUGUCGUCGGAUCAUAACCAACCGUCCCUACAGCGUGGAGUACUUCGCAGAGCUUGUGGAGCGACAUCAGGUCAGUUUCGUACUCACGGUGCCCCACCAAAUGGCCAUGUUGGCCAAGAGUCCCCAGCGAAUAGAGCUGGCAGCUAGGAUGCAGUCCGUCAAGUCAUUCGUGUGCAGUGGAUCGAAGGUUCCCGUGAGUAUUUGGCGGCAGUUGUACGAGCUUCUGGGAGCAGACAGGUUUGCGGUGCUGUAUGGUCUGUCGGAGGUCGGCGGCAUUUCCAAGAAUGUGGGGGGGCCGCUGGGUUGCGAGGGAAAGCUUCUGCGAAACAUUCAGGUGCGCCUCGUCGAUGGGCAGGGGCAUGCCUUGGGUCCCAACCAGACGGGGGAGAUUCUGGUGAAAUUGAACUUCCGAUGGGGUGGCUACUAUCACAAUCCCCAGGAUACUCAGACGAUCGUCACUCCCGACGGAAAAUGGCUGCUGACUGGAGAUCACGGCUACUUCGACGACGAUGGCUGCUUGCACUUCCAAACCCGGGACACGGACGUCUUCAAAUACAACCACUUCCCCAUCUACCCGAAGCAGAUCGAGGACGUGAUACUCCACCUGUCAGGUGUCCACGAAGUGGCGGUAUUCGGGAUACCGGACGAGGUCUCCACCAAUCUCACCGCCUGCGCCGUAGUCCGCGAAGAAAACCAGUUGGGAGAGAAACUCACGGAUAGGGACGUCAAGGCGAUCGUUGAGCAGCAUCUAAGCGAGGCGUUCCACAUAAGAGGUGGUGUUUUCUUCGUAGACACUCUCCCGAAGACCCAAAACCAAAAGAUCCAACGCAGGCGAAUCUGGCCCGAACUAAGCGAGGCAACUACCCAUUUGUGA